AUGGACUUUGAGGACGUGGCCGUCGCCUUCUCCCAGGAGGAGUGGGGGCUCCUGGAUGAGGCUCAGAGACUCCUGUACUGCGAGGUGAUGCUGGAAGUGUUUGCACUGGUCUCAUCUGCAGGCUGUUGGCAUAAAACAGAUGGUGAAGAGGUCUGUUCUGAGCAGAGUGUAUCUGUACAAGGGGAGUCACAGGUCAGGGCUUCUCAGACAGCUCCAGCAAUCCAGAGGACCCAUCUGUGUAAGCGGUGUUUCUCUGUGUUAAAAGCUGCUCUGCACCUGACUGACUUAGAGCAGAAAGCCUUCUUCAAUGCCGCAUGUGUGAGAGACUUCUGUUUCAGUGCACACCCUCACCAGCCACAGCGGGAAGCCGGUGGAGAGAAGCCCUGGAGGGAAGCUGUGGACAGGGCCUCGUUUGUGACCAGGUGCAGCUUCUACUUAGCAGGGCUGCCUUCAACCAGCGGGGAUGUUGGGGAAGACUUCCCAGUCAUCUCACAGCUUCUCCGGCACCAGGCCCUUCUCAACACUGAGGAAGCACACAGUGGCAGUGAGAUUUCACAGGAAUUUCUCAGUGGAAAAAGUCAUCACCAUUGGAGUGAAGGUGAAAAAGCUGCAGGCCACAACCAGGAAUCCGUACAACAUCCGGCUGUCUGUUCUGGAGAAAAUACUUACGAGUGUAACACAUGUGGGAAAGUUUUUAGCCGUAUCUGUAAUCUCAAUCGACAUAGAAGCGUUCACACUAGAGAAAAUCCAUAUGACGAUAGUGAUUGUGAGAAGGCCUUCAGUCAAAGCUCUAACCUCCGUCAACGCAAGAGGAUUUACACUGGUGAGAAACCUUUUGUUUGCAGUGAUUGUGGCAAGUGCUUUAGAGAAAAGUUAACCUUCGUUAAACACUACAGAAUUCACACUGGAGAAAAGCCGUAUGAGUGUACUGAUUGUGGGAAGUCCUUCAGGCAGUCCUCAGCUCUCACAUAUCAUCAAAGAGGUCACAGUAGAGAAAACUCUUAUGAGUGUAGUGACUGUGGGAAGCUCUUCCAUCAAAGGUCCUGCUUUACUAUCCACCUUAGGCUUCACAGUGGACAAAAGCCCUAUGAGUGUACUGAUUGUGGAAAGUCCUUCAGUCAAAGCUGUCACCUCACCCAGCACCAGAGAGUUCACACUGGUGAAAAGCCUUUUGAUUGCAGUGAUUGUGGGAAGUCCUUUAGGCAGAAGUUUACCCUCAUUCAACACCACAGAGUUCACACCGGAGAAAAGCCGUAUGAGUGUACCGACUGUGGAAAGUCCUUCAGGCAUGGCAAUUCACUUACUCUACACAGGAGACAUCACACUGGCGAGAAGCCUUAUGAGUGUGGUGAAUGUGGAAAAUCUUUCCGGAGCAGCAGUCACCUCCUUUACCACAAGAGAACUCACACAGGAGAAAAGCCGUAUGAGUGCGGUGAUUGUGGGAAGUCCUUCAGCCAAAGAUCCAAGCUCAUGGAUCACCACAGAAGUCACACUGGAGAAAGGCCUCAUGAGUGCAGUGAAUGUGGGAAAAGUUUUCGCUACAAACCUAGCCUUAUUAGACAUCUGAGAGCUCACACUGGAGAAAGUCCUUAA